GCGUUCCCCGUCGGCGGAAACUCCAGCGCCGCCAACUGACGACAAGCUUCAGCCUCUGCAUCUACAAUUCUGCACAACGAACAAUGAGGGCUUCACUGUCGAGAAAAUCAGGGCCAAGAGCAGUAAUAUGCUCAAAGAUAUGCUCAUGCAGUGCAGUAUCAUUAUAUAGCAGGCCGUUGCUGGCGCAAAGGCGGCAGGCCAGCACCCUGAACCACAUGGUUACUACGACCGAAAGCUUCUCUAAGCCAAUCAAUAACUCCUUUAACUAUAAAUUGGCCGUCAAGGACAACGUUGCGACGGAAGGUCUCCCAACUCAAUGCGCUUCAAAGAUCCUCGACUCCCAUGCAUCACCGUUCGAAGCUACAAUAGUUACACAGCUCCGUGCCAAUGGAGCUGUAGUGGUCGGAAAGACAAAUAUGGAUGAGUUUGGAAUGGGGUCACACUCUGUCAACUCCAUGCACGGCGCAGUAGUCAACCCGCUUUCAGACAAGGACGCUCCCCUCUCUGCGGGUGGUAGUUCUGGAGGAAGCGCGGUGGCAGUCAAGACCGGCGAUGCACAAAUCGCUCUCGGGACAGAUACAGGCGGUUCAGUCAGGCUUCCAGCAGCAUACACAGGCGUUAUUGGAUACAAGCCUUCGUACGGCAUGCUCUCGCGCCACGGUGUAGUGCCAUACGCCAACUCUCUAGACACUGUUGGCGUCUUGGCCAACAGCAUCCCCUCAAUUGAAGACGCAAUCUUCUCGAGCGGUAUAUAUAUGCAACACGACCCGAAUGAUCCUACAUCACUUAGAACAGCAACACGGCAGCGGUGCUCCAAAGCAUGCUCAUCGAACUUACCAGCCAUGGAGAAGCUCGCAAUCGGCAUUCCUAUCGAGUACAACAUCGCCGAGCUAGAUCCAGGCGUCAAGGCGGCGUGGGAAAAUGUCGCAUCGCAGCUCGAAGCCCAGGGCGCCAGAAUUGUCCCUGUGUCCCUGCCAGCGACAAAAGAAGCCCUCUGCGCAUACUACGUGCUUGCGCCUGCUGAAGCGUCUUCCAACCUCGCCAAAUAUGAUGGCGUCAGAUACGGAGUCCGAGGAAAGAAUGGUGAUUCAGCAGGUGAUACACUCUACUCGGAGGCACGAGGCUCUGGAUUCGGCGAAGAGGUGAAGCGCCGCAUCCUGCUUGGAACCUACAGCCUUAGCUCUGAAGCUAUUGACAACUACUUUAUCCAGGCACAAAAAGUGCGCCGCCGUGUCCAGCAAGACUUUGAUAGAAUCUUUCGUUUAGACAAUCCCCUAUAUGAGGAACGUCAAUUCGACCUUGCCGAUAUGGAGGCUGACAUGUUGUUGGAUAACAAGCGCGGGCCUCCUCAAGUCGACUUUUUAUUAUGUCCAACAGCGCCUACUUUUGCACCUCAACUAAGCGAUCUCCAAAACCAGAGCAGCGUCGACGCUUAUAUCAAUGACGUUUUUACAGUCCCGGCCAGUCUAGCUGGACUUCCCGCAGUUAGCAUACCAGCUUGGCCCAAGGAUGGGAAGUUCCCUGUUGGUAUGCAGUUGAUUGGCCAAUUUUGGGAUGACCUCCGUAUGCUGCGAAUGGCGGAGAAGACUAUGGCUAUCUUGCGCGCCGCAUAAUGAGAUGGUAUGUAUUAUUAAUGUAGAUAGUAUGUAUAAUAAGGCUGAUAUCACAACGAGAUUGCGCGUGCUACCUGUGCCAAAGCGGAUUUAAAACUUAUAUUAUAUGCUGUCUAGUCAUUUAUAUGUAACAAAGGCGGCAAAGGCCGACCGAAUGCACCAUGCGCCGUUAUCAAUGGGUAUCAUUAUGGGUAAACUGUUGUCGUCCAGCGACUCUGUUCUCAAGGCGAACCGCUGCGACUCCGCGGUGCUUCGUCUCUGUCAAGAUCCAUAUCAUCAUCUCCUCGCUCUGACGGCGCGUCUGAAUCACCGCCGUUGCCAUUCUGCUUUUCGUCAUCUUCGUCGAGCAGAUCAUCGAUGUCACCAAGAGGGCUUACCCUCGGCUCCAGGACUUCUAGGUCUUCAAGAAUUUCUCGCUUCGUCAUCUUCCAUAAACUUGUAGCGCAGACACGUUCCUUUGUAAGCAAAUCGUCCACGAAUUCGUCCAUGUAUGUGAGGGCGGUGCCAGCACGGCCCUUGCGACGAAGUUUUCGGCGGUCUUCGAGAUACGGUUCCAGCUGCUCAUAGACGUCUUUUGCUUGUCUUGUCAUGCGCAAGUAAAAGCAUGCUAGAGCGCGUAGAUAUUUGAACUCCUCGCCACCAUAUUUUAGAUAUUCAGAGAGGAUUUCGUCGGAUGGUGCCAGUUCCAAGAGCUUGAAAGCGAGGCAAAGAAAAGGACUCGGUUUUUGCAUUGAUCCGUGGGUGCCGCCAAUGAAAUUUACGUGCUCGACAACUCGGUCGAUAAUAUCUGCUUCAUUAAGGGCAAAGCAUUGUUCUUUGUAGAAGUAUGACUCGAUAAUGCGGUCUUUGACAGUCUUUUCCAUAAUCGUAGCCGGGUUCAAGCCGUUCGGCGCAAGGGCAGCGUUCGACCCUCGCUCAUCGAGAAACCGCUUGGAGUCGGCAUAUAUAGUAUCCUUCUUCG